AAUACCUCCUUCAAGAAUGGCAUUGCUUAAGCUUGGUCAAUUUUUCACAAUUCUUCUCAUAGCAGCCACUGUCAAUUCGUCGUGGCUUUCAAAGAAGCAAGUUUUAGCUGGACAAGUUGUUGAUUAUAAUCUCUCAGGACUCAAGAGGAGAUUACUCCCGCAACUUAAUGAUCUUUGGACUUGUCAAAGACCUUGCACUACUAAGGAUGAUUGCAACGAUUGUUGGGUUUGCUGCUAUUGUUCUGCAAUUAUUGAUAUCUAUGGUGAAACUUCCAUACAUUGUAGCAAUUUGGACAUAAAACCGUAGAAGGAACUACAUCUCUCAAAGAUCGACUAUAUGAAUCUUAUAUGUAUUUUGUUAUGAAGUAUGUUUCCGUGUGUUGUCAGUGUUAUUUUGGAUG